AUUCUCUCUCACCGUUUAGCUGUCGUUCUUUGCGUAACAUCCACUCCAACAACAACACUCGAUUUCAGACAACAUCAUGUCUUCUUCAGAUAGAGCUGAUAAACUCAAUCUUCAACAUUUUGAUGAAAAGAAACUUCAACAGAUGUACCUAUGUCAUAAGUUGUAUUUGAAAAAACGAUUGCUCCAGAAAAAAAAGAUCAGGAAAUUUUAUAGCUACGAAGAAUUUUGUAAACAGUUGGUAGAAGUGUGUAAUCUUCGAGCAAAAUACGGACUUGAUCCACCAAAGGAACCUGCCAAGGAGCUCAUUCAAAGUGCUCCAGUCAAUACUGGUGUUGAUGCAAGAAAAAGUUACCAUGCAUCUGUUUACAGAGCCUCUCUCCAAAAUGAUGCAUCCAGGAGGAGUAAUAAACACAGUAAGGUGUCGGGAAUAGCGAAGGGAAAGGGUGAAGCUGGCGAGGGUGGUUCCAGACAACAUUGUGUGCAAGAGGUUACCAGUUCUACGAUCAACGACAGGCUCUCCGUGGAGGUGGAAGUGUGUAAUCUUCGAGCAAAAUACAGACUUGAUCCACUAAAGGAACCUGCCAAGGAGCUCAUUCAAAGUGCUCCAGUCAAUACUGGUGUCGAUUCAAGAAAAAGCUACCAUGCAUCUGUUUACAGGGCCUCUCUCCAAUCAUCUGCAUCCAGGAGGAGUAAUAAACAUAGUAAGGUGUCGGGAAAAGCGAAGGGAAAGGGUGUAGCUGGCGAGGGGGUUUCCAGACAACGUUAUGUGCAAGAGGUUACCAGGUCUACGAUCAACGACAGGCUCUCCGUGGAGAAAGGAAAGAAUAAACUUUGGCAGAACGAAGAUAGGUUAAUUCGUCCGACCCAAGGUGUGGUGAUCAAUGAGGGCAUGGAAGGCAAACGCAAGAGAGGAGGUCAUCGCGAAGUUGAUGCCGGAGGUAACGGGAAACUAAAGGGUAAGGCUAUAGGUUCUUCGGAAGCCCCCGAUGCUCAAAGCGUCGACUAUGAAUUCACAAGUAUAUCAUCCAACAACAAUAGGUAA